CAGAUUUAAUGAUAAGAUGACAAAUGGGUUGCGUUUACUUUUAUUUGCACUAUGUUUUAUUUGGCAAGUUACACAUUCCGUCCAGCAAUCAAGUCGUUGUCAAAUUCCACCAGUCAUAAGAGGAUCAUGGUUUUCUUGGGAAAAUGGCAUGAAAACUUUAACAGAAAUAAAUGCUGACACCAUGACAAAUCGGGGCUCUUGUAUUAACAUGUUAGAAGAGCUUCAUGUUAAUUAUACAUUUGUAUUUGGAAAUAACAAAUGUUACCAUUGUGUAAAAUUAAUUGUUAGGACAGUAAAUGUACUGGAAAAACUUGAAGCAAGUUGUGUAAAUUUGCCUAAUGAUGUUGAGCCAACAGUGGAAAAUGUUUGUAAAGGAUUAAGACCUGACCAACAAUUAAUAACAUUAUUUUCAGAGAAUUAUGUUCCUGUAAAUUGUAGAUCAUCUCUUGAGGGUGUUUGGCAGUUUGCUUAUCAGAAUAGAUUCAGGUUCACAGGAGAGUGCAAUCAUCCAGAUGCACAAAUCAAAUCAUGUCAAACUGCAGGAACACAAUUCUUGAUAACUAAUCAAAAAUUCAAUAUAACAUAUAAACAGUGUUCUGGUAUGAAGGAGACUUUUGAUGGAGUGGUGGAAUAUAGUUGUUUGGGAGAUUGGUUUGUUGAUAAAAAUCACUUUUUCGCGGUUGCAAACACAAAAGAAUCUCGAAAAGAUGAAAAAUACCGAUGUUUCUUAAAAAAUCGCGACGAUGACCUUUUUAUCGGUGUAUCUAUUACCGCAGAAUGUAAUACGUUAAAGACGGUUGAAAAAAGUCCAGAGCGUUUAAGGGUAACACCUGUUAAAUCGGAGAUCGUAGAACCAGGAUGCAGAUUACCGGAAGACAUGAGCGGACAAUGGAUAAACACUGCUAAUAUUGAUGCAGAUAUUUUCAUUAAUGAAACACAUAUCAUUGAAACUUGGUAUCCGGACGAAGGUCGUUACAGACGUACGAUAUAUGUUUGUCGGGAAGCAAGGGAUACCAGGGUGAUGAUGGCUAGAUUAACUGUUGAUGGAUGCCAAAAAGAUUACGUCUGUUUCGAUUUCGUACGUCGACAUCACAAUAUCAUUAGAUAUCGGCGUGGCGUUGCAGUUAUUAAAGAUAAUUUUCAUACAGUUUGUUCUUGGGUUCAGUUUCCUAAUAAGGAGGCGUGGAAAUACGACUUAUUCCUAGCCAAGGAUCCAACUCCAGUACGCUGUCCUGUGGCUGGUAAAUACAUGUUUAUUCAGAAAGGAGAUGUUUUGUUUGAAACCAGAAUUUUAGGAGGUGUUACGUUAUCUCCACGUCCAAAUAUUUAUUGUAAACAGAACAUUUCCGAUUUUUCUGUAUGCGACACUGACCAAAAAGAAAUUGCCAUUGACGAAACUUAUUGCUUAUCAGUGGAUCAUUUAGGAAGACCUGUAGAUAUCUACAGUCUACCGGAUUACAAGAUGAAAUGUAUUGGAUUUUGGAAAGAAAAUUUAAAGUCAUAUUUAAUAACGUACGACGAGUUAGAUCCGUUUAGUAAGUAUCGUUGUUGGGUAUACCAAAGAGCAGAUUUAAACAGAGUCCUCAUGUCUCAAGCUAUUGGGCCAUUCUGUGAUCUUAAACAAGAUGUUACAAGCAGUAAUUAUACUGAAGGUGCUGCAGUCGCGUUAGAGUUACAGGAAUACGAAAGAGAACGCGAUCAGUGUCCAAUGUACUUCGACGAUGGAAGUAAUCCUUGGGUAGUAUCUGAGAAUUAUAUAAAAAUAUUUAAUUAUGGUAACGGGGGUACAGAAACCUUGCCGUUAUAUCCGUCCGUGUUGUUGACAAUUAGCAUAGUUUAUACAUCUUUGAUUAAUGUAUGUUAA